UUAGGAGGGGUAAUUAUUUUUUGAUCGCCGGCUGUAAGGGACAAUUAUCUGAGAGAGGGACAUUUUUUCAGCAUUUACGGUAUCACAAAAGCCAAAAAUAACUUCAAAAAUAAAAAUUGUUAAAUAAAAUUUUAGUAAAGCCAAGUUCAUUCAUGUAUGAGAGCAAUCGUGAGCCUGAAAGUUCAGCAAUAUCAAGCCAAGUUCCUGUACAGAAUAAAAAAUAUACUUUUAUUUGGGAAUUGGAUAACUGGGUGUUUAUUGACAAAUACCAUUCGCAAUUUCUUCGAAUUUGGGACGAAUUUCAGAGACCAUUAAAUAUGUUAUUAAGAAAUUUAUUUGGAAUAAGCAACUUUAAAUCUUUUAACUUCACAAAUAUUUUGGAUGUUCCGGUAACUUUUAAUCGAAUUAUGUAUUUAAAACCCUUGGAUUAA